UUAAUAUGGGGAAGAGUGAGACUGUGCCAUUUGGAAAGCAGAGGGUUAUUCCAGAGGAGCUUCCAAGAUGAGGGGGGAAAAUCCUUGACACACUUUUCCUUCGGGCAGGGAAAGCAGGGGAUGACAGGAGUCUUAACAUAUUCAAACAAAGGCCGCGUAUGGAGCCGGGGAGGUUGCGUGAGAAUCCCCCCGGUUCUCGUGAGCUCGAGGCCCGGGACUGGAGGGGAGAGACUCCCGGUGUAGAGGCAGAGGAGGAGCGGAAACUCAGCGCUGUGAUCAGCAGCAAUGGCCCAGCAUCCGAGGCUGGGUGUGUCGGGACCGGUGGGAUCACGGUGCGGGACGAUGAAGAGGAUGAGGAUCAGUAUAAAGACGAAGAACUGGAUCCCAGAAUACAGGAGGAACUGGAGCAUCUCAACCAGGCGAGUGAGGAAAUAAACAGACUGGAGCUUCAACUGGAUGAGGCGCGGUCGAGCUACAGGAAAAUCCUCACCGAUUCUGCACGCAAACUUAACGCUCAGGGCUCCCAGCUCGGUGCGUGCAUAGAAAAAGCCCGGCCGUACUACGAAGCCCGUAGACUAGCGAAAGAGGCCCAACAGGAGACGCAGAAGGCAGCACUGCGCUACGAGCGGGCCGUCUCCAUGCACACGGCUGCGAGGGAAAUGGUGUACGUGGCUGAGCAGGGCCUCCUGGCUGACAGGAACACGCUGGAUCCAACCUGGCAGGAGAUGCUCAAUCACGCAACAGCCAAGGUGAACGAGGCCGAGGAGGAGCGUCUGCGGAGCGAGAGAGAACACCAGCGGGUCACGCAGCUAUGUCAGGAGGCCGAGGCGCGAGUACAGACGCUACAGAAAGCUCUCAAGAGGGUCAUCAUGAAGUCUAAACCAUACUUUGAACUCAAGGCCCAGUUCAACCACAUCUUGGAGGAGCACAAGGCCAAGGUGGUCCAGCUGGAGGAGCGGGUGGCAAAAGUAAAGACGCGCUACUCCAUCGCUCUCCGAAACCUCGAACAAAUCAGCGAGCAGAUCCACGCCCAGAGGGGGCGUGCUCGAGCAGCCAGGCAGAGAAACAGAGUCCGCGGAGGGCGGAGCUCACCCGUGGGGGCGGAGGCCGAGGGCGUCAUACAGGCAGGGGCUUAUGGGGGAGUAGGGAUGAGUCUGAUGGAUAACGAUUGGGCAGAUCAGGAGAAAACCAGGCAGUGGGUCGAGAAGCACAGGGAGGAGGGGUGGGGCCAUAGGGCUGAGAGGGCAGGGUCAGAUUCGCUAUCCGUCAUCAGCCUGCAGACCAUCGCCUCCGACCUGGAGAAGUGCGACUCGGUGGAGCACCUGGGCGACUUGAGCGACGUCAGUAGUGUGAUCGGAGAGGAGAAGGAGGGGGAGCGAGAGAAAGAGGGAUCGAGUGUAUUCAGGCAGGGAAAUGAAAAGGAAUCAGUGGCCUCAGGGACUGAACGACCUCAGAAGGAUCGAGAAAACUUCGUUAAGCAACACCACAGAAGUGUGAGCUUGUAAGAAGUACGGAUACAACGCACCUUUAAAAAAAGUGCCAUUGCUUCAGCCUUUCAUGCCAUCCUCUCUACUCUAUCAGAGGCAGUGUUACAAUUCUCGCGAUCUCAUAAAACGGCUUUUCAGUGCACUCACAGACAGAGAUGUAAUAGACAGAACGCAGCAUGAGUGAGAGGAAAGCGUGAAAGGCUGCGACGGAAGGCAUCGAAACGCUCUAUCAACUCCUCUAGGACUCCCGCUUGGCUGCAGCGGCUGAGAGAUAGAAGUCAUUUUUAGCCAGUAAUGACGGAAAGAAAGGGAAUAAUAUAGAGGGAGAAACAUGUAAUGUAAUGACUACUUGGCAUGGCGUCCUUUCCGUAAUGCUGCACAUAGAGCAGAGCGUAAUGUUACAUUUUUCUCCACGUUAAUGAAUAACAAUAAGGGAAGAAAGCGAGGGGGUGUCUCGCCGUGUCCUCUGGGGUCUGUAGUUCUUCUGCACUCAUCUUCACUCUCACUUCAGUCAUAGCGAGAAGGAAAGGGGAGGGGGGUGGUUUAGCCGGGGCGAUAAAAGAAAAAGAGGGUGUAACUACAGUCUAACACACAGAUUGUAAAUAGAUCCCAGUGCACCUCAUAGAUCAGGGGCUAAAAAUAGCAUCAGGUUGUUUGCUGUGUGAGAAGGAGAGAGAGAGAGUUCAGUGAUUUAUCACUUUGAGUUCUGCUGCUUUCAUGUCAGGCAUAUGCUGUAAUUUCCAUGCAGUCACUGGAAUCAGUUUGAGCCUUAGAAAAAAAAAAGAAAAAAAAAGCUGAAACCCAUGAAAAUGGAAUGAUGCGCUUUGGGUCCGACUGUGAAAUGGUACGUCGCUGUUUAAGCCACAUUUCGAAAAGUGGAUUCGUGAACGUUUUAGAGAAAGGGAGAUGUUCUGGAGUGCCUUUCUUCCACGUCUAGGCAGGUUCUUACUGAACCAGUGUUUCAUUUGAAAAUGUCAGUAUGCUGUCCUGAGGUACCGCCUUUGUAUUUAUAGAAUAUCGUGGCAUUUAUCUUAGUCCUGAAUAACAUAUAUAUUACUGAACAUAUUAGUCUUGGCAUAUUUAUUUAUUUUUUAUUUACUCCAGUGUUACAUAUUCAGUGCUACAUUAGUGCUAGACUUCUUUUUUUUUUCUUUUUUCUUUUUUUUCCUUUCCAAGAAUAACUAUAAUAAAUCCAUGUUUACAAUUACGGUUUUGAAGAACUGGAUCACUCUGAAAACCUGAAGGUGCACUUAGGGAAAAUUUACUCAUUCAUGCCGGAUGUCUGUAACAGGAUCGAUCCUGACGGGCAGUACUGUAUCGCUUGUACGUCUGUGAAAUUUUCUUCCUUUCUACUCCUCUCACUUUUUUCUAACUACUCUCUUGUAGUUCACUCACUGGAAAAAUGACCCAGUCAGGUAUGGCUCAUAAUUUCUCACAAGCUCUCGGUAUCUGAAAUAAAAGUACACUUAUAGAGGAAUAUACUACUUCACCUGAUAAACGUAUUAAUAUGUAAAUGUUAAUUUAUUGAACUGCUGAGGAUAUUAAAACUUGAAUUUAACAUCUA